AGAUAGAAAACCGUGCUCGGAAAAUCCAAAGCCAAAUUUGAAAUUACCUAACGUGUGUUGGCGUUCUGGGUUGACCCACCCUCCUUUCGUUUUCAGCAUAAUUUCUAGGUUUUCUAUCUUCGCUCAUUCGCCAAUUUACAAUUGAAAUCGCAAUUACACAAUCUCUCUCUCUGCUCGUGAGCUUUCUACGGUUUCGAUUCGAUCAUUCCCCUCUUGUUUUAUGGAGGUAUAGGUAGAUGAUGGGAAAACGUGUCUCAAGAGAGCACUUUCAACCCAGGCCGUGUUCUGGGAAGACAGAGAAUUUAAAAAACACCGUGUUUAUUGAUGUAGAUGAUCAAGUUGAUGAUGUGGAUGUGGUGAUCAUAGAUUACAAAGAGUUCAUGUCUAAAUCACAUGGAUCUGGUGCGUCGAGUAGAGACAGGGUAUGUACGCCGCAGAGUGUUAUUAGCAUUGAUGAUGACGAUGACGAGGAAAGUGAUGAUGCGGAGUUUCCCGGAGGUGUUGCUGGAGGUGUUGGGGAAUUGGAUAGCGAUGCCUGCUCUAGUAAAAGGUCUCCUCCAGACCCAAGUGGCUUGCGGAAUUCUGUACACAUAGAUGUUGUUGAUGAUAGUGGUGUUUGUGGAAAGGAGUCUGAAUCUGAUGAGCUAAAAUGUAGGAAAGCAUGCUCUACAAAUGGUACUGGCGGAUGUCGCUAUGGUGUCGAUUGGGGUGACAGUGAGUCAGAGAGUGAUUGCUCUGAUUGUGAACUCAUGGAUCGUGAACAGUGGGAAAAGAUUUCUCUUAAGAGAAAGCGCAGUGUGUUUAAUGACCAAUCUUGUUAUGAUGAGCAUGCCAGUUCUUCUGGAUUACAUUGUAAUAAUAAUGUAUACCUUGAUGUUGACGAGGAAAAUAUGACCAAAGAGAAUGCUAGAGGCACCGCAUAUUCUGGUCCCACCAAUGGUGAAUAUGUUAAGGAGAAUCAAUCUUCCUUUUCUGUUAAGGGUGAUAGUCAAGUAGAUGGGAUUUGUUUUAAUAAUGGGGCAAAAAAUUCUUUCAAGGAUUCUGAUGAGAAAGUUGAGUGGGAGACUUUUAAAUCUUCUUUGUUUGAAUCCACAGAGGAAAUGCAAUCAUUGCAUCAAAGUUCUGAUAUUGAGCAUGGAAAAAGUACAAGAAACAAAGAUUUCUCUCCCUGCACCCAGUAUAAUAAUAACUACAAUUUCUGUAGUGAUGUUACUGGUGUUUCAAGGAGCCAAGAAGCAUGUAGAAGGCAGCUUAGCAAUACUGGAUCUACACUGAAGAGUAAAGAUGGCAAUUUAUUUGAUUUGAAUUAUGAAAGUGCCUAUGUUGAUGAAGGACAAGUUGAUUGUGAUGGGCUUGCUUCAAAUGAUCAAGAUUGUGGUCUUACUGCUUCAAAUGAGAAAGAUAUAAUUAAUGAAAGAGAAAAGCUUAAGGAGACUGAUGAAUAUAAACAAGCAAUGGAAGAGGAAUGGGCAUCUAGGCAGCGGCAAUUGCAAAUUCAGGCAGAGGAAGUACAAAGAUUACGCAAAAGAAGAAAGGCUGAAAAGCGCUUACUGGAUAUGCAAAGAAGGCAAAAAGAACGUAUUGAAGAAGUGAGAGAGACACAGAAGAAGGAUGAAGAAGUUAUGAACCUGAAGGAGCAAUUGCGGGUUGAAAUACAGAAGGGGCUUAAUCAAUUGGAGAUGCGAUGCCAUGAUAUGCCCUCACUGCUUCGUGGCUUAGGAAUACAAGUGGGAGGAAGCUUUAUCCCUUUGCCAAAUGAGGUGCAUGCAGCCUAUAAACGUGCGUUGCUUAAGUUUCAUCCAGACCGUGCAUCAAAAACUGACGUUCGUGCUCAGGUUGAGGCUGAGGAGAAGUUCAAGCUCAUCUCUCGUUUGAAGGAAAAGUUUGGGAUGACUUCAUGUCACUAAAUGCUAACAACUGAUAAAUUUGGUUGUUGGUAUUUUGUGUUUUAACUGAAGUGCUUUUACCUCAUAAUAGCUCAUUUGUUGGUAUUCUUAUCUUAACUGUAUCUAUUAGUCUCCCCUCCUUUUCUCCCAAAAUUUACAGCAGAUAAUAGGUUAAUGGACUAGAAUAUGUGAAGGAUUUUAUUUCUUAUAAAAAUGGAUUUUUUGGACGGACAGUUAAAUUGAUAUUACUGUCCUCAUCUUGA